CAAAUUCCGACUGGGCGACCAGUCAACUCAAUUGAGGGAUAGAUCAUCUUCAGCUCCCUUCCAAUUCACAGCCAGGCUUGAUCGCGUGGUGAGGUGGCACUGGCAGCCCUUGCUCACCGCCCGUCGUUUUGGGCCAAUAUCGCUCGUGACUUGCUGGAUAAGGCGCAGCCCGGGACUUGUCCCCAGCAGAAGGGGUCCAGCCAGUGUCGACAGCCUUCAUUUAUCAUUAUCUAGCUGCUUUUUGCGACAGGCGCUGCAUUUGUGAUAAUUCUUCCACUAUGAGGGCCUCCCCGGCCGUCAGAUAUCCUUGGUCUAAAUUGCAUCUUCCGCUUCCCCGCACCCCUCGUCAGUCCGAGCAACUCCUCAAUGCCAUCACAUCCUCCUUCCGUCGCCAGCUCGAUCGUGAAUAUCCGACCAACAACCCUUCUACAUCCGACCGUAAUGGAGCUUCUGCCGAGCAUCCACCAGAAAAUUCCCAUUCGUCUGCUCAUGCGACUGAUAGACUUCUCCACAACAUCUUGGACAACCCACUUUUCCGGGUAGCCCCCUCGGCCUCUCCCAUCUCCAGUAAUGCGUCAGGCAUGCGCGAUGCGAAACAACGAAGAAUGUUGACAGAGCCCAUGGUGGUAUUCGACGAACUGGCAGCGGCAGGACAUGUCACUAAAGGCGACCUUCUCCAAUGCUUGCAGUACCAGUUAAUGCUUGCGAGAGGUACCGGCGAUGAUUUUGUCAGGGCCAUGAAAGAUUCCAAAGCAGCGACCAAAGUUGUGAACUGGUGGCUUGCAUCAGGUUGGCGAGAUCGGUUAAAGAUAUUUGAUCAUCGACAAACGUCUGCCACCUUGGUGAAGUUCAUGGUUGCGGAGGGCAUGCAAGAUACUGUUUUGACCUGGUUGGAAAUGCUGGCCAAUGCCGAUCUUCGGGCCUUCAAUGGCCAUAUCAGCCGAAGCCUCGCCGAGCGUGUCGCUAGAAACCUUCUGACAGAUUUUCUUGCCGCUGAGAAUCAAUAUGGAGGUGGCUUGUCCUCCGCUAUGCGGUACUACGUGCAGGUGGGAGAUAUGUAUUUCUCCAUGGAGGAUCUGCAUAACAGACGUGACACGAAAAACCUUCUUCGACACGCUGGUAAAUACCUGUUCCAGCAGGUCAGUCGGGAAGUACCGAAUGAUAAUAACGUGGUGUCUGCAUCUGUCUAUGAAGAAUACGCCAGGGUGAUUGCUACCGUGUGUACGGACUUUGUCACUGCCUCAGUGGCUCUCUACCACCCCACAGUACCCGACCCGAAGCCCUUUCUUCGGUAUGUGUAUAAUAAGGAUAUGCCCACGUUGCAGACAUGGCCGGUGGGCCUACGAGAGGUAUUUGUGCGCAGUGGCUCGGUCGCACUCCGUCUUUUGAUGGACCAGGGGAAGCGGGGAGAUGCCACAUGGCUGGCAGGUAUCCUGCAGCACGUGUCAGACACGGAUAAAGCGAAGGUCGAACAUGAAGCAUCCGCAGAUGAAAAGGCUUUGCUUUCUCGACUACUCCGAGUAGACAUGGCGUGGACCUGAUUGAUGUAACCGUUCUUCUACAGCGUUUGUGGAAUAAUUUACGAAAAGUCUUCAUGCAAUGCAGCUCUUUGACCGGGCUAAUUUGCGUCACGGAUCCUAACGGAAGCGCGCAGAUCGAGGGGAUGAGAUUCGUCAGCCAUGUUUCGCUUCCAGCCAGCCAGCAGCAUUGUCAUUGCGACAGUCACACCAAAACACCAACUCCUCCCGGCAUUAAUACUCCGCAUCGGACUCCACUCCUGCCGCUAAGGGAUGCUUUCUCCUCUUCUUGGCGUGCUUACCUCUAACAACAACCCCGGUGCAGCUAGGGCUUAUCUCUUCCCCUCGGGCUGAGCAUCGG